AGCCCUAGUAGGACCGACGCUUGCAGUAAGAGCUCUGGUGAAAAUGGCCGCACUACAGCCAUACCAAAGAGUUCUUUUGGAGAAUCGCGAUAUUCUCCUCAGCGAUUUGCGAACAGACGAUGUCAUUCCUUUGCUGUAUCUGAGUAAAGUUCUCAACCAAAAGGAAGUUGACGAAAUUGAAAUCGGCCGGACUUCGAGGGAGAGAAUCGAAAGUUUGCUGGAUGUUUUGCACUACAAGGGAGAGAGCGGGUUCAGAGAGUUUUGCAAAGCUUUGGACGAAACUUUCCCCUACUUAGCUGAUAGAUUAUCCAAGAGAGAGUCCCAGAGUGAAAAAUCUGACAGAUCUUACGGCAAUAAGGAAUACAAGGGGAGGUAUUCCAGUAGCCGAGGGGACCAAAGUCACGACUACAGGGACACGAACGGUGGAGAUAUAAACGACAACUACAGGCGUUCUGAGGAGCGCGAAGAGAGAUCCAGUAUGCGUGGCGAAGAAAGUAAAGGCGAAUACAUCUACGCAAAGCCAGACAAGAGGCCCAGGGAUCGUGGGUAUGAUAGAGAGAGGGAGCGCAGAGAUCGUAGUAUUCCAAGGGAUGAUAGAUUGGACAGCUCGCGGAGGAGUAGACAUGAGGAUGAACGCUCACAUAGCUCUCAUCAAGAUCGUCAUGAACGCGAAAGUGACCGUCACUCUAGCUAUUCCCACGAAAGUGAUCGACCUCGCAAAGCCAUUGAUGCAGUAGUAGAGCCUGCUGAGGACUAUAUAUGGGAGAAACAGACUAUUGUGCUGGAAAAGGCAAAUGCCAAUCAGGGGUUUGGAAUAGCAGUAUCUGGUGGCAAAGAUAACCCCCAUUACAAGACUGGUGAUACAUCUAUUGUUGUGUCUGACAUCGUCAAGGGAAGCCCUGCUGACGGCUUGUUAAGGGUGAACGAUGUAAUCUGCCAAGUCAAUGAAGUAAAUGUGGACAAGUGUUACCAUAGUGACGCAGUCCAAGCAUUAAAAGACAGUGGAUUCAGUGCACGCCUGAUUAUCAAGAGAAAGAAAGCAAUGCCAACAAAUCUUCUCAAGAAGGACACCCCACAAACCAUUACGGUGACCUUGCAUCGCACUGGAAGCAAAGGUUAUGGAUUCUCAUUAGCAAACCGCCUCUACAUCAAGGAAGUGGACCCAACUGGAAUUGCCUUCUAUGAAGGAGAGAUCGACCCUGGAGAUAUCAUUUUGAAGAUCAAUGAUAAAAAGGCAGAUUCGCUAAAGCUGCGUGAUGCCAUUGAUGAAGUGCGGAAUUCCAAGGACCAGCUAGAACUUGUGAUUGUGAAAACCAAGGGAGAGAAUCUAUCCCUUAGCACAAGAUCACUCCCUUCAGCUUUCCGCAACAAGGGAUUUAAGAAGCUGGCAAAUGGUUUCCCUGAUGAACGUGAGAUGAACGGACCAAGUCACCCUGCUGAAAAAGCCUCAAGUGAGAAAGGGGUGGAAAAGCCGUCUUCAGUUCAACCACUCUCUAGCGAGAAAGACCAGCCAAUUCAAGACAAAGGCAAACCAGAUGUCCAACUUUCAGACAGUGAAAGAUUAAAGAGGAGAUCUCAGGGCAGACCAGAUGACAAGGAAGGUAGAGAAAGGCCUGGAAGAGAAAGGUCUAGAGAACGGCAUGGUAGAGAAAGGUCCAGAGAGAGACCAAGAUCCCGUGAAAGACCCAGAUCUCGUGAAAGAUCAGACAGAAGAGAUGAAAGGCCCCAAAGAAGAGGCAGCAGAGGACGAUCGCCUGGAAGACGAGAGAGGGAAGGUGAGAGGAGACCUAGAUCAGCAGAGCGGCAGUCCCGAAGACAAGAUGAGCCAAAGGGUGAACCACAUGUGGUGCAACCAGAAAGAACUGAUGAAAAAUCCAAAGAACCUCCACCAACGCAGGAGCCUAUGAUAGAAAUUAAGCGUGAAGAGAUACACGUGGUGUUAGCAGCCCCCAAAGCUGAGAUAGUAGACAAACCACCAAGUGACAAGGUGGAGAAAGUCACGAAACAGGAGCUAGAGAAGGCGCCUGAGCUCCCGCCAAGGCGCUAUAGCGACCCGGAUGCUAGCCGCCCUGACGACAAGGAUGGCGGGAUGAUGCAAUCUUCCUGGCGACGACUAGGUGGCCCCGACCGAGAGGACGACAGAGCCAGCGAUAUCAGCCGCGACCGAGAAGAACGUGAAAAACGCGACCGUGAAGACCGCGAUCGCCGCGACCGUGAAGACCGCGAACACCGCGAACGAAAGGACCGCGAGCGAGAACGCCGAGAUCGUGAAGAUCGCGAACGCCGCGACCGAGACGAACGUGAUCGCCGCGACCGUGAGGACCGCGAACGCCGUGACCGUGAGGACCGCGAACGCCGCGACCGUGAAGACCGCGAACGAGAACGCCGCGAACGAGAAGAUCGCGAACGCCGUGAGAAGGAAGAGUUUGACAAAAGAGAUCGUGAACGUCGUGAGAAGGAUGAUAGACGGCCUCGAGAGGAUGACCGCGAUCGCGUCCGCGGUCGCCGCGAGGAGCACGUGCCUAAACCUGCUGAAGUAUCUCGCACCCAAGCCAACAUGGAUCUGAGCGCGUUGGACUCCUGGGAUGCAUCCACCCCACGGAAGGUCGAGAGAAACACCUCAGAGGAUUACCUCCGGGAUCAGGACACUCGAUCAAUCCGCUUCAGUCGCGAGGGCAAAGGCAUCGGUAUUCAGGUGCAGGGAGGCAAUAAGCACGGCAUCUUCGUAGCGGGGGUUCGCGAGGGCAACCCAGCCCACCGACAAGGUCUCCGGAGAGGAGACAAGAUUCUCAUGGCGAAUGACAUCGACUUCAAGGACAUCACCCGUGAGGAGGCGGUCCUAAUUUUGCUGUCACUCGGUGACGAAGUAAGCCUUCUGUACCAGCCGCGCCAGCGAGAGUUUGAGAGAAACAAAGACCAGCCGGGAGAUGAUUUUUUCAUCAAGGAUCACUUUGACUACGAGGCGAUGGAGGAUGGAGAGCUGGCUUUCAAGCGUGAGGAGGUUUUCCACGUGACCGACACCAUGUACAAGGGCACUAUCGGCUCGUGGUACGCUGGCAAGGUGGAUCUGCACGACCCUCACCAUAUGGGUGCCACAGGGGUCAUCCCCAACAAGUGCAGGGCAGAACAAUUGGCCACCGUGCGCCGAGUGGUGGAGGACAAGACACCCAAGAAAGAAAAACCCUUCAGCACGAACUCGCUCAAGCGCGGCGCAUCGCUCCGAAGGAAACACCAGUUUGUAUCUACAGACAAGCUGGACAUGGACUCGUUCGUUGCUCAAGCACGUGACUUCAAGCUGCCGGCCUAUGAGCGUGUCCACCGUAAGCACCCUGGCUUUGUCCGUCCCGUCGUGCUCCUCGGCCCUCUUGCUGACAUCGCUAUUGACAAGCUGCUGAUGGACCAGCCUCACGUGUACGCGGUGCCUACUGCAUUUGGCAGCACGCCAGGCGGUAAGAAUGCCAGGCGCACGCUCAGCUACGCGGCCAUCAAGGAGGUGGUUGAUAAGCACCAACACUGCCUGCUCGACAUCGCUCCUGACGAGGUGGAGAGACUGAACUACUGCCAGCUGUACCCGAUCGUCAUCCACAUUGAAGUCAAGGACAAAAACGCAAUCAAGGAGUUGCGUACUAGCAUGGGUCAGAGCAAGGAGUCCGCCAAACACAUCAAGAAACUCUUUGAUGACGAAGCGAAACUAAAAAAGAAGUACACCCACCUGUUUACCACGAGCGUGACAGCAGGAACAGAGCCCGAACUCAAGUUGAAGUGGAUGAACGAACUAAAGGAUAAGAUCCGCGAUUUACAGGACGGCAACGUGUGGGCCUCAGAGACGGAGUUCGAGGAACACGAGGGCGUAGAGUUCAACCGCCGCUCAAUGGCCUUCGACUACGAGUCGAACCUGGACUCCCCCACCACGCGAUCCAGCAUCUCUCGCCCCCCUGAAGAGGACCUUCACCCGGAGCGACCCCGCGAAGACGAGCCGUACACGAGCUAUAACGGGCCGCAAGUGGAGUAUAGGGACCGGGAGAGGGACCGAGACAGGGACCGGGAGAGGGACCGGGAGAGAGACCGAGACAGGGACCGGGAGCCCUAUGAUGGGUACCCACCCGAGGAUAUCGACAGAGCGAGCAGGCCUGGGUACAAGCCAAGCGGCAACGUCGUCCAAGUCCUGCCGCCAUCACAAGACCCGGGCAACCUGAGACAGUCACUGCGCAAGACACGGCCCUCUUCCGAGGACUACACGGACCGUAACGGGGACUACCCGAUCCGUGACGGCUACAACCCUGCCGAGGCCGAGAUCAAGCAGCGCGCUGAUAACCUGCGCAAGGUCGAGCAGCGACCGGAGGUGUUUGACCGCUAUGACCAGGAGUACGGAGUCAAGGUAUCGGAUCUUUGGACGAUUGAUAACGAGUCCCGUCGCCGUGACAAAGUGGCGCCAGUAGAGGUCAUCCCAGUGCAAAGCACGCCCGUCAAUGACCUUCAGUCCGCCCCAGAGCCAAAGCCAUACCGCUUCGAGCCCGCCACAAAACCGCGAAACGUUGUCAUAGACCGGAGCGGCAAGGAGACCGUGGCGCACACGAGCUACUACCCUACCCGCGUGCAUGCCACCGUCCGCCAGGUGGAGGCGUACCCUAGCAGCGAGCCAGAAAUACGUGCGCAAGUAGUGGACCGGACCCAGAGCGCCCCCAGCUACAAGAGGGCCGAGGUUACGAUCCCCGUCAGAAGAGACUCCAAGGGCGAUCGACAGCGCAAGAUCUACACUUCUGAUGCGUACACUGCUAGACCCUACUCAUCAGAGCAGCCCCCACCAAGACCAACCGAGCCAGACAACUACUUCAAGCUGUCCCGCGCUCCCCCGGAGCCGCGCCCAGGCUCUUAUCGAUCUGAAUACAUUCCAGACCCCGUCAUCUCUAGAGAAUAUCGCUCCGAAGUUCCCGACUCUGUCGUUACAAGCGAUUUCGAGUCCCUUGAGGACGACACCCAAGUAGUAGCCACAGCUCGCGGCAUCUUCACUCAUGAGGGGGGCGUCCUCUCGUCGGAAGAGUCCGGUGUUAGUAUCUUCAUCCCCGAGGGGGCCAUCCCGAAAGGCGUGGAACAGGAGAUUUAUUUCAAGGUUUGCAAGGAGAACAACAUCAUGCCACCACUGGACACCGAGAAAGGAGAGACACUGCUGAGCCCGCUGGUCAUGUGCGGUCCACACGGAACUAAAUUCCUCAAGUCAGUGGAGCUCAGGCUCCCGCACUGCGCGGCUAUGACUCCAGACGGCUGGUCAUUCGCCCUCAAGAGUAGCGAUACUCCCACUGGAAUGCCUACCCAGUGGCGAAACGUUUCACUUCCAGGCCAAGAGCACAAGGACAAGUGCCAAGUGGACCCUAACAGUGUCUCGGUGCUUGUGGACCACUUCUCGUCCUUCAGCCUCGCUGGAGAGGCGCGCUCAAAUGCCACCAAGAGGAUGGUCGCUAGCGUGUUCGCUCAGCCGCCCAUGACCAAUAGCGAGUGGCUGUUCCACGUGGUGCUCGCAGACAACAUGGACUCGGCCCGCAGGGAGGUACAGCAAGCCGAGACAGCGUGUGGUCGUCUCCAGUUCUCCCCGUUUGUCCCCAUCGACGUGCAUGGAGACGCUAAGGAUGUCCGCGUACAGCUCCGAGACAUCGCCGAUGGCUGGAUCUCCAGAUCCGCCUGCAAAAAGUACAUCGAGUUCCAGGACACAUGGGAGGCGUACCUGCAAAACCCCACCGUGAACUUCGUGGUCCAUGAUAGGGCCCGGGGCCGAGUGCCUAACGUGUGUGAGGUCGAGGUUUGGCAGGAGGGCCACGAGCGCGAGGCCGUGAUACUUGACGUCUGCACCGAGCCUCGACAGGCUUACAAGAGCAAGAUGUCAAAUCUAGAUGAAUACGUGAUUUAAACCCUUGAAGCAUCGCUAACGAAUCUUAAUUGACUGACUUAACCAGUAACACAGAGAUGCUGUUUUAAAAUGUAUAUUUUUAUAGAAGUAGAUUUCUUAACAGAAUGCACCGUAUCGCAGGGAGCUUAGUUAUGCUGUAAAGCACGUAACGCAAUCCAGGGCACAGCCUAACACUUCGUGUAAGACAACGCUGUAUUCGUCAUGCAAUAUCGUACGCACCAAAUCUCUUUCAUGUCGUGACGUAACGAACAGCACCAUAUAACACAAACGUCGCGCAAUCCUAACUCUUGUAAACUUACUUGCAGUGCUUGAUCCAUACCCCUCUCUUUUUUACUUUCGUGUUUUAAAGAUUUCCCUAACUAAGUUCCCUGUGAUUACUCUUCUCUGCAUAAUUUCGUACGCGCAAUCCUAACUCUUGUAAACUUACUUGCAGUGCUUGAUCCAUACCCCUCUCUUUUUUACUUUCGUGUUUUAAAGAUUUCCCUAACUAAGUUCCCUGUGAUUACUCUUCUCUGCAUAAUUUCGUACGCUAUUUUGCGAAGGUAAAUGAAGAUUUUUCAAUUACACUUUUCUAGGCUAUCGAGCUGUCAAGCAAAUGGUAAGCUUUUAUUCCGUAGAUAAAGUAGAUAACAUUAGAAUAGAUUUUAUUUUGUGCGGUUCCCCUGGUAGUCGGUUCCUAUCUGGUGACGGAGUCCGGGCCUCUCGCCAGCUGGUUAUAACACCCCACCAGAAGACGUCUGCCUUGAAUGCAUGUAAUGUCAAUAACCCUUAUAUACAAGUGUUUUAAAAAAGUAAGAAUCAUCUUUUUAGAUUUUAAUGAAUUCGACAAUUCUUUCUCCGCAGUUUCUUAAUUCGCGUUCUUAUUCCAUAGGAUUACGUAAGCGCAGCAGUUUUAAAUGUUAAAUCAUAAGACAGACGUUAUUCUAGUGACGCAUUGUUUUGAGGCUGUCUUGAAAUAGGUAACAGCAAGAAGAGAGCUUUGCUUGUUGCUAUACUAGUCAAUAUUUACUUUGGUAACCUUAACCUAAGAUUGUUUUCAGUAUUAACAAACACCCUCAUGGUGGUUCAGUCCGGUAAACGGGAGACUGAGAUUAUGGUCAACUCUAGAAGGGUUUUAGGGAGCUGUCGUGCCUAGGGGGACGGCAGCCAGCCAUGGGACUCCUGUCCCGAGCUUGAGUAGCCAGGGGGCUGGUGUCCAAUAAGGAAAUAGCUACUCGACCAGGGAAAUGGUACCCGAUGAAUGAGUAACCAUAGGACCGGUAAAAUGGUGUCCACAAAGGGAUGAGAUUGACCAGGGUCUCUGAUUCCGCUGCUGGAUCGUGUAAGCACAUUAAGAGCCUCUAACUGAUUCUAUAUGUAUACGUCACAUACCAUAUUCGUAUUCUAGCGUAAUCAGAAGUUUUUUAAACUAAACUGUGGGAUUUAAGUACCAUUAAAUGAUGGUGAAACCGA